AUGACUAUGUCUGCAGCAUUAGUGACUAUUUCAUGUGGGAGAGCAAUGGAGGGAGUGGCAGUGGCAGUGGUUUGGGAUGCUUCAGUGUGUUGGGACAUUUUUGUGGAAGUGGGGUACUGGUGUGAGAGUGGUGCAGUCAAAUUGCUGAAUAUCAUGGAGCAAAAGUCAGUAAGGUGGAGGCCAGGCAGGGGCCAUCAGCUAGGAUCACCAUCAUCCUCCAUGCCACCAAAUGCUGGCCCUACCCUGCCAUCGCUCAGCAUGCUUGCACCAUCUUGGGACUCACCACCACUUUCACCAGAGUUGCAGCCAUCUGCUGCUGAUCAACAAUGGGAGUGCCAUCUCCCAUGGUUCAUGCAUAUAUGGACUGAGUGGUUAGAUGGUGCAGCAGCCUCCAAGCCACAGCCCAUCCCAGCUAUAUCAUGGCAACUAUCCCCCCAGCCUAUGGCCACUGAUGCUGCUGCUGUGACUUGGGUAUACAAGGACUCCAUGACGAAGGGCCAAUUACAACAUCAGUGGAAAAAGCAUGGCAGCUUGCAGUUCUUCUUGCGGGACUGA